AUGGCUGGGAUCUACUCUGUUAGCAGGCUUCAAGCUAGGCUUUUACUUCAUCGAGAGCUCCACCCAGUUUGGGGGCAUGAACGGGUGAUGAUCUAUGGCAGCAUGGUCUCCGAGUAUAUGAUGCCAGACGUUUUCACCAAUGAUCCAAUUGAGGUGUCUGUUCCUCUGAAGUUCAAAGCAGCCUUCAGAGAAGAUGCGGAUCCCUACCAUCCAACGGGUGAGGCCGCAUGGAACGAGGAGCUUGAAAGGAGGGGCUUGAAAUCUGAGAUUGCGGAGGGCAAACAAUUUGAGGAACUGCUCAGGAAGCAUGGAGAUCCCAAGAUGGAGGUUCCCGAGAACAUGUUCGCAGAGGCGAUCCUUGACAAUGUGGUAGACUUGGGGGAGCUGGUUCUGCAGUUCUAUGGGGGGUACAUGGAAAAGCAGCCAGUCUCUCCCGACACAAACCCUCAGAAGCUGGGAAGGCGGCUCCGGAAACGAAUGAAAAAGGAUUACGGCAUUGACAGCACAUUUGAAUUGGAGGACAAUUUGCCACCCCGAGAUCCGAAAGACAAGACUUCAAAGCAGGACUAUGUGGGUGCCUUCAAUAGAUUGCUACCAACUUAG